AUGGCCGACCGAGAACAACCCUAUGACCCUUAUAUCCCCUCUGGUGGCCAGGGAGGUGCACAAGGACAACAAGCUGGCGGCAAUCAAAGAACAGCUGCUCUGCAAGCGCAAAUCGAUGACACCGUUGGUGUUAUGCGUGAAAACAUCAACAAGGUCUACCAGAGAGGCGAACAGCUCGAUACACUGCAAGACAAGACCGACAAUCUGGCACAAUCUGCCCAAGGCUUCCGACGUGGAGCCAACCGAGUCAGGAAACAAAUGUGGUGGAAGGACAUGAAGAUGCGCAUGUGCUUGAUUGUGGGCAUCAUUAUCUUGCUCAUUGUUAUCAUCGUCCCAGCUGAACAGCCCUCGACAAGAUCUACAGUGGUACAGCUCUUGAGCAACAUUGGCUCCAAACGAGAGGUCCAGCAAUAUCUAUCUCAUUUCAGCUCGGUCUCCUCCCAGCAAUUCGCCGUCAUCAAGGUGGGAGGUGCUAUCUUGACCGAACAUCUUCAGACACUGUCUUCUGCACUGGCAUUCCUCAAUCACGUCGGACUAUAUCCUGUUGUUGUACACGGUGCAGGUCCUCAGUUGAAUAAGAUUAUUGAAGACUCCGGCGUUGAGCCACAAUUCGAGGAUGGUAUCAGAGUCACUGAUCCCAAAACUCUAGGUAUUGCACGGGCAUUGUUCUUGGAGGAAAAUUUACGAUUGGUGGAAGAGCUCGAGCGCUUGGGUGUGCGUGCUAGACCCAUCACAUCUGGCGUCUUCAGCGCUGGGUACUUGGACAAGGAAAAAUACAACUUGGUGGGCAAGAUCAAUCAUGUGGAUAAAAGACCUAUCGAAGCAGCUAUCCGGGCAGGAUGUCUACCAAUUCUAACCUCAAUGGCCGAGUCCCCAGAAGGACAAGUCCUCAACGUCAAUGCAGAUGUCGCAGCAGGUGAAUUGGCCCGCGCUCUCCAACCAUUGAAAAUUGUCUAUCUUUCGGAAAAGGGUGGCCUCUUUAACGGAGAUACCAAGGAAAAGAUCUCCGCCAUCAAUCUGGAUGAAGAGUAUGAUCAACUCAUGACACAGUGGUGGGUUCGCCAUGGCACGAGGCUGAAGAUUAAGGAGAUGAAAGAGCUCCUGACCGAUCUGCCCCGGACCUCCAGUGUGGCCAUCAUUCACCCUGCAGACCUCCAGAAGGAGCUCUUCACGGAUUCCGGUGCUGGCACACUCAUUCGCCGUGGAAAUAAGGUUCACAAGCAUUCCUCCGUCGACCAGUUCAAAGAUCUUGAACAGCUGAAGGAAGUUCUGAUUCGUGAUCGAGCUGGACUUGACGCCAAGGCCGUGGUUGACCGAUAUAUUAAAUCUCUUAGAGAUCGAGAAUUCGGUGCUUACUUUGAUGAACCCAUGGAGGCCUUUGCACUUGUCCUGCCACCUAAUGGAGAGACUUCCCUCGCCCAUUUGGCAACCUUGACUAUCACCAAAAACGGCUGGCUUACCAACGUCGCAGACAAUAUUUUUGCUGCCAUCAAGAAAGAUUAUCCCAAGCUGAUGUGGACAGUCAAAGAAGAUGAUGAGAAUCUGGCCUGGUUCUUCGACAAAGCCGAUGGAAGUCUUUCCAAGGAUGGUGAGGUCCUCUUCUGGUAUGGGCUUGAAUCAAGUGAUGAAGUUCGAGAUUUGAUGGUUGAAUUUACCAAACAUGGUCGACAAAUGUUCGGUGACAUCAACCUAGAAUCCAAGCUGCAAAGAGCUGCCAGAGCCGCGUCCAAUACAGUCAAUGCGCCAGUUCAGCAAAAGCGAUCAUUCUCAACACAGUCAAAUCCCUUGAGAGCGGCAAGAAAUGCUCGGUUCGCAACCACACCAGCCCUUCGAGCCCGGAUGUACUCCACAACCAACCCAAAUCCUCCUCUAGGCUCGAAGAAUAGCUCAAAUACCGAACCUUCAAGAGUAGCACUCAUCGGUGCUCGUGGCUAUACUGGAAAAGCUCUUGUCGAUCUCAUCAACCGACACCCACAUCUAGACCUCCGCCAUGUUUCUUCACGAGAAUUGGCAGGACAAAAGCUCCAGGGUUAUAGCAAGCGUGACAUUACGUAUGAGAACUUGAGCGUGGAAGAUGUGCGACAGAUGGAGGAGAAUGGAGAAGUGGACUGCUGGGUAAUGGCUCUGCCGAACGGCGUUUGCAAACCCUUCGUGGAUGCCAUUGACCAAGUCGGCAAGAAUAGUCUGAUUGUCGAUCUCAGUGCGGACUACAGAUUUGAUCCUGCUUGGACAUAUGGUCUUCCCGAGUUGGUGGAUCGCUCUGCCAUUGCCAAAGCCACCAGAAUUUCAAACCCUGGAUGUUAUGCCACUGCAGCACAAAUCGGUAUCGCUCCAUUAGUACCAUAUCUUGGAGGACAGCCCACCGUCUUCGGUGUCUCUGGUUACUCCGGCGCUGGAACAAAACCAAGUCCCAAGAAUGAUGUCGACAACCUGACCGACAAUCUCAUCCCUUACAGCCUCACAGAUCAUAUCCACGAGCGUGAGAUUUCCAAUCAACUUGGAACUCCCGUCGCUUUCAUCCCUCACGUCGCUGUGUGGUUCCAAGGUAUCUCUCACACCAUCAAUAUCCCAUUGAAGGAGGAGAUGAGCUCGCGAGAUAUCAGAAACAUCUACCAGGACAGAUAUGCUGGCGAGAAGUUACUCAAGGUCAUUGGCGAGGCUCCUUUGGUCAAGAAUAUUGCACAUCGCCAUGGUGUCGAGGUUGGAGGUUUCGCAGUUCACUCGAGCGGUAAGCGUGUCGUGAUCUGUGCUACGAUCGAUAAUCUAUUGAAGGGUGCUGCCACUCAAUGUCUCCAAAACAUGAAUCUUGCUCUUGGCUAUGGCGAGUACGAGGGCAUCCCAAUGGAAUAG